AUGUCCGCGACCGACUCGCACUUCGCCACUCUGUUCGCCGGGACCCGACCUCGACCAUUCGACCACCUCGACCUCUGGACCUCCUCGACCCAUUCGACCCAUUCGACCAGACUCAUUCGACCAACUCGACCUCUCGACCUCUCGACCAACUCCCCUUUCGACCGCCUCGACCCGUGCAUUGUUCGACAUGGAUGGGUGACCGACAACCUUUCGACACUACGACAUGUGCGCCACCUCAAGACAUGUGGACGUGGACCUCGACAAGUUCGACCAGGACCGACAUGUUCGACUGCUUCAAGACUCGCAUCUGGUAUCGGCCCUCUCGCGCUUGACUUUACAGGACGUCUUCACGCUUGGCAACUGACGAUUGGAGUCCUUCCUCUGCACUGGUACGACGGCAUUUCUACGCCACUUCGGCACUCUACACCUCGACUCUCGACCCGGCACGGCUUUGGCUCCUGGACACACCACACGGCUGCGUUCGACACUGGACCUCUGGAAUCGACUGGACCUUUGGAAUCGACUGGACCUUUGGAAUCCACUGGACCUUUGGACUCGACUGGACCUUUGGACUCGACUUUUGGACUCGGCCGACACGGCCACCUACUCGACAAUAUCAACAUACACGUGCUCGCCGCUACCGACUUCCUCGCUACUGGAUCGCUCCAACAUUUGACCCGCGCUCGCCGAAGGACGACACUCGCCACUGGACGACACUCCCCACUGGACGACACUGGACUCACAGUUGGUUGCCAUCGACAAUCUCGACAUGGAUGCGGCGCGGUUUUGGACUUCCUGACGACUCGAUUUGGUACUCGACACACACACAACUGGACGCGCUCAGCACUGGUACGACCCGACCCCCCACGCACCCCGCGUCCUCCUCCAUCAUCACUCUGCCCCUGCCUCUCUGUCACUCCCGUUCCCCAUCUCACUGGACACUUUAGGGAGGUUCACACUUGUCACAAUAUCUGUGGCCUGGUUCCCUGA